AAACUCUAAAUACAGCCUGCGCAGCCACAGUGCCCUCUUCCAACUUUACUAUAAAUACCAAAACCCUAAUCUGAGAUGAGCGCUCCUCUCAGACAUCGGCGGAAAAGGCAAUGGCUCCAAAGCAGCCGAACAGUGGCUUAUUUGUGGGGUUGAAAAGAGGGCAUGUUGUUACCCCGAAGGAAUUGGCGCCUCGUCCUGCUGAUAGGAAAGGGAAAACAAGCAAGAGAGUUCAUUUUGUGAGGAGCCUUAUUCGGGAAGUAGCUGGAUUCGCACCUUACGAGAAAAGAAUAACCGAACUUUUGAAAGUUGGCAAGGACAAGCGCGCCUUGAAGGUGGCCAAGAGAAAAUUGGGCACUCACAAGAGGGCCAAGAGGAAGAGAGAGGAAAUGUCAAGUGCACUCCGGAAGAUGAGGGCUGCGGGUGGUGGUGAGAAGAAGAAAUAAAAAACACAGAUAAACCAUUCAUCGAUGAUACUUGACCAGUCUGGUAGAACAAAUACAUUUUUAAAAGUUUUGUUUCGCGGAUUAGAUUUAUAUUUUUUCGAUCAGUGUGUAGUGCCAUGAACUUAUUCACCAUAUUCUAACUCAUCCAUCUCCCCUGUUUUUGUCGUGCGGAUUAGAUUUAUAUUUU